UCACUUUCACUUGUUCUUGUGCGGCUUGUCGUCGACCGACGAAAUCUUCCAGCUCCGAAGUCGAUAGUAAAAUAAACUUUUAACUCAUCAUCGCGGCAUAAAAUAAUAUAAAAAAUCAAUCAAUUACUAUCCAAAUAUAUUAUUCAUUUAUCUUAGUAUGAAAAUGUGCAGUUUUUUCACUUGAUUUUCAUCUUGAAAAAGUGCAAAAAUACCAACGAAAAAAAAUAUCGGACGAAGAAAAAAUCCAAUAAAAAUUUUCUUUUCGCAAAAACACACAAGAGCGAGACAGAAUAUCUACCUAGUAUUUUUUUCUUUUUACAAAUUCUCUCUUGAAAAUUUCCCCAACCACUGUCGGUGUGUGUUCUCUCUUCUCUAUCUAGCUUAAACUUGCCUGCCUUGUCUCUCUCUUCUUGUCGUCUACUACUUUUGCAGCUGCUGCUCGCUGCUCCCCCGAAUGAGUGAAGAAAAGUGCAAAAGUUCAUUAUUUUUCUGUUGUUUUUUUGGUUUGUUUUUUUGCAAAAUAACCUAAAUAAAAUGUAAAAAACAAAAAAACACAAACUAUUCAUUAAUACUUUUAUGAAUUUAUACUUUUUCCCUUUCACGGCUGAAAAAAAAAGUGUAAAUUAACUGUCGGUAUUUUAGGGGAAACGAAAAGACAACCACCAACAAAAAUACCAACAACAAAAUGAAGCCCUCACAUACCGGCGUAACUACUACGACAGCCGCGGCCUCCUCGAUGGUGACAACAAACACUCCGAAUCGGGGGGCUGCUUGCGAUGCUCCAACACAGCUCCAACAAAAGAUUAUUCCAUCGACAAAAGUAUCCUUUGCAUAUGCUGCGCAGUGUUCUGCUGACGAAAAGAUGUCUUCGUCGUCCACUGACGAAAGUGACGAUCUGUUGGACGCUGUUUCCGAGGAGCUACGAAAUAUCCAGUCGGUGAUUCAUGUCACUAGAGAAAAUAUAGACGCAUUGAAUGCCAAGUUUGCCAACUUGCAAGAUCCUCCGCCAAUGUAUGUGACGGAGUAUCAGGAGUUGACUUCGAAGCUGCACGAAUUGGAGAGCAAGGAACACGAACUCAUCGACCAGAUCAAUGCUCAACAGGACCAUCAGUAUGUGCCCGAUUAUCAUGAACUUCAUGCUCAUGUGUUAAAUGCGGAUAUAAGACCACCCAAAAUCCUACUACGAGCUCAUUUACCAAAUCAACAGAGAACAUCUGUUGAAGUCAUUCCUGGAGUUCGACUGCGUGAAGCUCUAACAAAAGCACUCAAGUUACGUAAACUAACCCCAGACAUGUGUGAAGUUGUGUCAAGUCCAAAAACUGGCAGUGUUCCCAUCUCUUGGGAUACAGAUCUUGGUUGCUUGCACAUCGAUGAGGUUCAUGUAAAUGUACUGGACAAAUGCCCAAUAAUGACACAUAUAUCGCAUCAAUUCAUACGAAAGACAUUCUUUUCGUUGGCUUUUUGCGAAGGAUGUCGUCGCCUCUUAUUCACUGGAUUCUAUUGCAAUCAGUGUAAUUUUCGGUUUCACCAGCGCUGUGCUGACAAAGUUCCGACCUUGUGUCAACAAUUUCCUAUGGAUAAUUAUUACUACCAGAGACUACUGGCUCAGAAUCCUGAAAAUACAGUUGGCAUUUUGCAUCCGGGUAGUGGUGUUGCAUUGGGAUUUCAUAAUCGCCAUCCUCGCACAAUAAGUCAACAAGAUAGAUCGAAUUCAGCGCCCAAUGUUUGUAUAAACAACAUUCGACCGCUAACCGAUGCACAGAGAACGUUGGCUUCACAGGCGCGGGGUCCCCUGCAGGUAGUAGACGCAUCACCGACAAACACACUCAAGCACGUGAAACGGGCUAGGGCGCGCUCAGCAGACGAAAGCAAUAAAAAUCUUUUAUCGCCGAGAGAUUCAAAGGGUUCUGAAGAGAAUUGGAAUAUUCAAGCGGAAGAAAUUCUUAUUGGACCCCGAAUUGGUUCGGGUUCCUUUGGAACGGUGUACAAGGCCCAUUGGCAUGGUCCUGUGGCUGUGAAGACGUUGAACGUCAAAACACCUAGUCUGGCGCAAUUGCAAGCAUUUAAAAAUGAGGUCGCAAUGCUGAAGAAAACCCGCCACUGCAAUAUCCUCCUAUUUAUGGGCUGUGUCAGUAAACCUUCGCUGGCGAUUGUAACACAAUGGUGCGAAGGCAGUAGUUUAUAUAAGCAUGUGCAUGUGAAUGAAACAAAAUUCAAGUUGAAUACGUUGAUCGACAUUGGCCGACAGGUGGCUCAGGGAAUGGAUUAUCUUCAUGCUAAGCAUAUUAUUCAUAGGGAUCUCAAAUCAAACAAUAUUUUCUUGCACGAAGAUCUGUCAGUAAAAAUAGGUGAUUUCGGUCUGGCUACGGCGAAGACGCGAUGGUCUGGCGAGAAACAAGCCAAUCAGCCUACAGGAAGUAUUCUUUGGAUGGCACCCGAAGUCAUUCGCAUGCAGGAACAAAAUCCCUAUUCAUUCCAAUCGGACGUUUACGCCUUUGGCGUCGUCAUGUAUGAACUACUGGCUGAAUGUUUACCCUAUAGCCACAUCAACAACAAGGAUCAGAUUCUAUUCAUGGUGGGACGAGGUCUUCUCCGGCCCGAUAUGACAAGAGUUCGUUCUGAUUGUCCGCAAGCUCUUAAGCGUCUUGGUGAGGAUUGCAUCAAGUAUGAUCGAAAUGACAGGCCACUCUUCAGACAUUUACUUAAUACACUGGAGAACAUGCUGCGAACAUUGCCCAAGAUUCAUCGCAGUGCGAGCGAACCCAAUCUGACACAAACUCAAUUACAAAACGAUGAUUUUCUAUACAUGUGUCCGAGCCCAAAGACGCCGGUGAAUUUUCACAAUUUUCAAUUUUACAAUGGCGCCGGAAACAUCUAGCGGUAUUGUUUUCCAGGCGAUCUGCAAGAAUUGGUGGCAGCAGAGACAGCGGCAGAUCGUAGUAACUUCAAGAGUGCCAAUUUCCGAACAGACUAUAACUUCUGGACAAAAGUAAUCGCUUAGAAUCAGAAGUAACUUCUAAAUCACGGUUAUAUCCAUCAAUUAAGGAGAUUUUAAGACCAACAAUAGAGACUUAACGCAAGCACACUGUAAUAUUUCUUCGACUAUUGUAUUUAUUUUAUUUUUUUUUUAGUUUUUUCUUGUUCUUUUAUUAAUUUGUAUUUCUUUUUAUUCAUUAGUGUUGACUGUGUUUUUAUUUUUUAAAUUUAAUUUUUUGAUUGAAGAGAAAUAUUAAGGGUAACUCCUUUUUCUCUCUCUCUUUAAGACGUGUAUACAAAUUUUCCAGCUAUUUAUGUUUGUAUAUUUUUGUUUCCUAUAAUAAAAAAUCAUUAUAUUCAAGCCCAAGUAUAGUUGUUCAGAAUAUACAAAAAAAAAUGAAAACAUAAAAAAUUGAUUAAUAAAAAUAAAUGAAAAAAAAAAAAACAAAUCAUCAGAAUAAAAUAUAAUUAUUGUAAAGAUGUAGAAUUUUAAACUAAUAGUUUAUGUAAAAAAAAAAAAUAUGCAAGGCACCUUAAUAAAAACAUUAAUAAGAUCAUCAAGAAAGGACUAAACUUUAGAUUGUGUGAUACAAAAUAAAAUGAAAAACAGCCUGGACUAAAUCAACCUAAAAAAAAAAAAAAACAA